AUGUCUUUCCUUUCCGUCACUCUCGCCCAGGCCAUUGCCUACCUCACUCGUCCUCUUAUUCUUACGCACCCUGCUGCAACAAUCAUCAGGCUUCAGCUCGCCCUCGAGGCAAACUUAACUGCGCUAUUUGCCCCUUCUUGGGAUCCCAGGGAACCCCUUCGUGGCUCUGGCCGCCGUUGCCUCACCCUCUCCCCUACUUGCCUCCCUCCACGUGCCGUCUAUGCUGCGUGCCUUGCAUCCAGUGUCCAAUGGUUCGACUGGAUUGCAGUCAUGGGUGGACGUGAGUUCGACUUCUUUGUCGAUCCAGGAUGCAUUUCUGUGCGUUUCGGCAAGGGCGCUAAGCUCAUCACAAUCUGGUCAGAGGAGCUGAUGGCUCAGACCAUUUUCGUGCCACCUCAUACGCAUUUCAGUCACCUGCCAUCCAAAUCUAAGACAUUUGCCCAGCAACUCUUGGAGAAUGACUGCACAGAUGACGAUGAACUUUUCGCCUUGAUCGCUGACGAAGUCAGUGCGCCCACUUGGAUGACCCCUGUCACCGACCGUUUCCCUGUUCCUUCGCGUUCUGAAUCACCGUUGUCUGCUAUAUCUACCGAUUCAUCCUCCAGCUAUCGCUCGUCCGACUCGGACUCCUGUUUCUCUGUGACGACCGCCUCUACAUUGUCCUCUCAAAGCGACAGUCAUUCAUCCAUACUCUCCCGUCGCGAGAAAGCCAGGCAGGCUCGUGUCUUCAUUGACACUUCCAAGACUGAAGUCACACCUUACGACGGUGGCAAGACUACGGUUCUCACCGGUGGUGUGAUGCUUGUUAGAGCUCCUGACCAUCAGACGGAGAUUCAGAAAUCCUCCGCUGGAACUUGGAAGCUCGUCCGAGUCAACCCCACAUACUAA